AGGCUCGGCGACGAGACUGUGGACGAUGUUGCUCGCGAAGGGCUUGCACUUGGAUCUCCGGAUGCUCAAUACAGCCCACUCUGACCACAUUUACAACGAUCAGGCGGCCCUCUUCCACAUCUCCUUACCCAAUGGCGGCAGCUGCAAAAAAGACUUUGACUUCUCUCGCGAGCCGCUCUUGACCGACUUCGGUGGUGAUGCCGCGGCCUACGCGGAGAAAGCGGUCACGACUCGAAGCCUGCGCCCCAUGCAGAAGCUGCCUUUCUUCUGGUUGGAUCCAAAGGAACUCUUGGAGAAGCACCACCAACGUGGAGACCCCAUCACUGUGGUCCUGGUGUGCAGAGAUCCCAGAGCAUUGGUGGCGAUGAAGAUCUUCCACCAUUGCACGCACCUCGGAGCUUCAACAGGUUUGAACGAACCUCCUGAGCUGUUUGGCUGUUUUGGUGUUCGGACUGGUUUGGAUUGGCAGAACCUGGCAUAUCCUACAUGCUGGUAUCAUUUCUCAGACCUUCUCCAAAGCUCGGAGAGGUCCGUGGAGAAUCAGCUGUUCAUGCCUCGUUGCACCGCGUUGGUUUCUUCAAACCUCUCAAAGGACGGAGUAUGGAGACAGUCCUUUCGCCAACCAAACACCCAACGCUCCGGAGUUGGGAGACAUCCAGUCUGGGCAUCUUGACCGGUUGACUUGGGUCUACAGAGGGGUUGACCUAGGUAAGUGGGAAAGUGGGUCUGUAGGUAAGUGGGGCCAAGUGGGGUCUAUAUAGGUAAGUGG